AUGGAACAAGAUUUACUUCUACUUCAUACAUCAUUACAAGGACAACAAGCUCUUCUUGAUGCUCAAGUUGCGCUUUUCUGCUUCAGGAUAAAAAGAAAACAAAGGAGACCCAGAACAUGGUGGGUGCGUCCCUGGCUUACUCAGGAAAGAAGGCUUAUGUUUGGCCACUAUGAUAGACUGAUGCAGGAGUUGAGAAUGGAGGAUCAACAGUCGUUUUUCAACUUUCUGAGAAUGCCGCCCGAGAUGUUCGACGAAAUAUUGAAUAGAGUAGGUCCCAGAAUUCAAAGGAGAGAUACCCGGCUUAGAAAAGCAUUGGAACCAGGCCUGAAGCUCGCUGUCACUAUACGACACUUAUCUUCUGGGGAUAAAUAUCCAACUCUACAAUACGACUUUAGAGUUGCCCGAAAUACAAUUUCUAUGUUUGUUCCCGAAGUCUGCCAAGCCAUUGUAGACGAAUAUAAAGUCGAAGCAAUUUCUUGUCCCACCACACAGCGCGAAUGGCGUGAUAUUGCUGAAGAGUUCCAGCGAAAAUGGAAUGUUCCACAUGCCUGUGGUGCUCUCCAUGGCAAACAUAUAGCCAUUAGAUGUCCUUCAAAUACAGGAUCACUCUUUCAUAAUUACAUGGGAUUUUUCUCAGUGGUUCUCCUUGCAUUAGUUGACGCGGAUUACAAGUUUUUGUGGAUUGACAUUGGUGGUUGUGGAUCAAUGUCUGAUGCUCAGAUCUACAACAAUUCUGAACUUAAAGAGUGCUUGGAAGAAGAAACGAUUGGCUUUCCAGACCCGGAUCCAAUGCCGAACGAUGACAAAAAUGUGCCAUAUUUCAUUCUUGGAGAUGACGCUUUUGGUUUGAGAACAUAUCUGAUGAAGCCUUAUUCUCAACGAGGCUUAACAGAUGAACAAUUGAUAACUAAUUACAGAAUAUCGAGAGGAAGACGUGUGGUUGAAAACGCAUUUGGUAUACUGGCCCAACGAUGGCAAUUAUUACUUACCACCAUGAUGCAGCAGCCAAAUGUAGUACGAAACAUUGUCGAGUGUUGCGUUUGUCUGCACAAUGUGAUGAGACUACGAUAUCCAACACAACAGAACGCGCAACUUGACAUGGAAAAUGACCAGCAUGACUUGAUUCCGGGCUUAUGGCGAGCGACCGCAAAUAUGUAUGAAGUAAACAUGGUAAUUGGACCAAACAGAGACACCGUAGCUGCAAAGAAGCAAAGGGAAUACCUUCGACUAUAUUUCAAUAGUCAAGCUGGCUCAGUUCCUUGGCAAAACCGCAUGAUAAGUGCAUAG